CUUCGUGGAUGUGGGGAGGAAGAUGCUGCCUGCGGAGACCGCAGUGGAAACGGGCCUUCCAGGCAGCUGUGACAGGCUGCAGACUGUCAGAUGCCUCAGCUGGGUCGCGCUGCUCGGCCCGCUGUGUUGAGCGCGGCCAGCAGGCAGAGUCGCGGUCCUGCCCCCGCUGAGCGCCCAGUGCCGCGGCUGCGUGUCAGUCAGCUGGGCUUCUCACCCUGCGUCUCCGCGCUCUGAGCGGUGUGGGUGGACGGUCGGGGGGAAACAGCCCUGAGAGCCGGUCUGUGGCUCCUGUGCGUGGAUGGUGAAGGUUAGAACUCUGGCCCUGUAGCAGCUGCGUCCUCCCGCUAAAGAGUCGACACACCUUGCGGUGGCUUGGCGCAGCUACCCAGAGCACCUGGGACUCUCGAUGUAAAAAAAAAAAAAAAAAAAAAAAAAAGCAGGGAAGCAGCCAGAUUGGACCUCAGUGGAUGGAGGCUGAUUUAUAGGAGCAGCGAGUGUCCCCAUCCUCUCUGGAAUAAAAGGAGUCCGUGAGCUUUAAGGAUGUGGCUGUGAAGUUCACGCAGGAGGAGUGGGCUAUGCUGAAGCCAUCUCAGAAGAAGCUUUACAAAGAUGUGAUGCAGGAAACCUUGAGGAACCUGGCUUCUAUAGGAAAGAAGUUGGACAAACAGAAGGUUACAAAUGAGUAUGAAACUCUCUGGAGAAGAUUAAGCAGCCAAGUGGUGGAGAAAUAUAAAGAAAGGCGUCAGUGUGAGGAAAACUUCAGCCGCAUUCCAGAGCAUCCUGUAAAUUCAGAGUCUUGUCUAGGAGUUGCCGCGUAUGAAAAGCAGAUGUGUAAAGGAGGACGCAUUGGCCAUUCAUCUCUCGGUGUGCUCCUGAACCAUCAGGUAGGACACAAACCUUAUGAAGACCAGGAAUAUGGACGGACGGUUUAUAAACAUAAGGAGUUUGGGAGCAGAUCCGGUUCUCCUCUGUCCCUUCCGACUUGUAAAAGCGCUCACACUGGAGAGAAACCUUCUAAAAGUAAGAACUGUGAAGGAGGCCUUCCUCGUUUCAGAUCUGGUCAGAGGUUUGAAGAACAUGGCUGUCCUGAGGAGGUGUAUGUGUGCAGUCAAGGUGGGAAAGGUGUUCUCCAUUCCAGUCCUUCACCGAGGCUUGAAAAGAUUCAGAGCGUUAAGAAGCCCCAUGUGUGCGAACUGUGUGGGAAGGGCUUUGCUCGGUUCGGUAACCUUCUAAGACAUCAGAGGACUGACACGGGAGAGGAUCCCUCUCUGCCCGAUCGUUUGGGGAAAACUCUUCUUCCUUCUGCUUGCCGUCGAAAACGUGUGAGAGGUCGCAAUGGUGAGAAGCCCUAUGCGUGCGAGCAGUGUGGGAAGACUUUCCUCGACUCCACUUACUUCCGCAUACACAGAAGAAGUCACACUGGUGUGAAGCCCUACGUCUGCAGGGAAUGUGGCAAAGCCUUUACCGCCUCCCGCUACCUUAAGUCACACGAGCUGACACACACCCGGGAGAAGUCUUACGUCUGUGAGCAGUGUGGGAACGCCUUCACAUUUUGGUAUCAGUUCCAAAAGCAUAAAGUGAGUCACAGCGGCGUGAACCCGUACGUUUGUAAGCAGUGUGGGAAAGGCUUCAGCUACUCCAGUUCCCUGAAAACGCACGAGCGCGUCCACACCGGUCACAGGCCCUACGUGUGUAAGCACUGUGGGAAAACCUUCGGCAGUUCGGGCAACCUUAAAAGGCACGGGAGUACGCACACCGGGGAGAGGCUGUACGUGUGCACGCAGUGUGGGAAGUCGUUCAACAAUCACGGCUCCUUCCGCUUCCACGGCAGAAUGCAUGCCGGAGAGAACCCCUACAGGUGCAAGCAGUGCGGGAAGGACCUCGCCUCCUCCUCCUCGCUGCAGUGCCACGAACGGAACCACUCCGGGGACAAGCCUUUCGUGUGUUUGCAGUGCGGGAAAGCCUUCAGCUCCGACGGUUCCCUUCGAAAGCAUAAAAUAAUGCACAGUGAAGAGAAGCCCUACAUGUGCCAGCAGUGCGGGAAAGCCUUCCGUCGCUUCUUCGAGGUUCGGGUGCACGAGCGGAUCCACAGCAGCGAGAGACCCUACGAAUGCAAGACCUGUGGGCGGGGCUUUCUGAGUUCAACUCACCUGCGAAGACACGUACCAAUUCAUAGUAGAACAGCUAAGGAUGUUUGUAAAUAACAUGAGGAAUUAAUCCCUGUUAGCGCUCACAGAAAUCAAACGCCGUGUGAUGGAUUAUGUGCGUAAAUGGGCAUACAAAUCGGAGAGAAAGUACUCUUUUGAAUCAGUGUGGCGACCAGUACUAGAAAUUCCCUUCUGACACACAGAAGCAGACACUGAAGAAAAGCUGCAAGCAGCGUGAAAGCCGUUUGCAUUCUUUUCAUCGUGGAGAAGAUGUGACCGCUCCCACGGGAGAGAAACAGAGUGCACUUCGGAGGUUUGAAUAAGGCUGCUCCAAAUAGGCUUACGCAUUUGAAUGAAUUACAGGAAUUAGAAGGUGUGGCUCUGUUGGAGGAGGUGUGACACUGUGCCAGAUCCAGUUGUUCUGUCUGUGUUUGUGGAUCAGGAUCAACUCCUGCGUAAGCUCCGUGUUCCCAGCCAUGAUGAUAUGGACAAAGUCUCUGACACUGUAAGCAAGCCCCCAAUUAAAUGGUUGGUCUUAAAUGUG